AAAACACGACAAGACACGCCCCCAAACUAAUCCACGCCACUAUCAACAAUGACCCUCAACGACGUCGAGUUCGGGGCUGAAGUAAGGAGGAAAUAUUUCCAUUUUGAGGAGGGAUUCACGUUCAUUAACCAUGGAUCAUUCGGGGUAGUCCCUACUUCAAUCAGGGAGAAGAGAAAACAAUUACUCGAUGUUGUGAAUGAUAAUCCGGAUGUAUUUUACCGACAAGCGUGGAAACCGCUCAUGUCCACAGCGAUCCAAGCUGCUGCCGAGUUUCUGGGGGCGGAUCCAAAUAAUGUGGUCCUGGUACAGAAUGCCACAACAGGUAUAAACAGUGUCCUGAAAGCGUUCCCGUGGAAAAAGGACGACGAGAUUUUAGCCACAACACAUACGUACAGAGCCGUAGAGAAUGCAUGUAGGAAGUCUGCAGAGUUUUAUAAAGGAGGACACAUACAUCAGUUUGAGAUAGGCUUUCCCAUCAAGAAUGAAGAGGAAAUUGUCAGAAACAUGGCGUCAGCUUUAGAUGAGCACCCAAAUGUUAGAAUGGCCGUGCUUGACCACAUAACCAGUCCAUCGGCUUUGCUGCUACCAAUAAAGAAAAUGAUAGAGGAGUGCCGAAAGCGCGGGGUUCUGGUUUUGAUUGACGGCGCCCAUGCUCCAGGGCAAGCAGAGAUAAAUCUAGAGGAACUCUGCCCUGAUUUUUACACAGGGAAUUUCCAUAAGUGGGUGUAUACCCCGAGAGGAAGCGCUAUUCUCUGGGUCCACAAGGAUCACCAGGGUUGGUGCACUCCCCUCGUGACGUCACAUAUGUACAAUAAAGGGUUCCAGUUGGAAUAUGGACAACAGGGUACCCGUGACGACACUCCAUAUUUCUUGAUUCCAGAUGCAAUCCAGUUUUACAAGGAUAUGGGUGGAAUGGAUAAAAUAGUGAAGUAUACAAAGAAACUCCUGGACGACGCUUGCAGGAUGAUGGCGGAGAGGCUACAAACAGAACUACCUCAGAUUCCUCAAUCAAUGGAAGCCGCAGGAAUGAGACUUGUUUUGUUACCAGAUUUUGAUAAGUUCGAACGUUACACAAAGACAUGGGAAGGUUCCGAAAAUCUGUAUAACGACAUCAUGAAUAUACACAAAAUCAACUGUGCUGUGUACCCAAUCCAAGGGGAACUCUUCUUGAGACUUUCAGCUAACAUUUACAACGAAAUGGAUGAUUAUGUUAAAUUAGCGGACCUCUUAGUUCAGCUGUUGAAAAAAGUUUGAUGAUGCAUGGAUUUUAAGAGGAUUUUAUUAAGUAUCUAUAUUUAUGAUAUAAAAACCAAUUAAAAGUUAAAUCUCCAACAAUAAAACAAAUUAGAACUUGAAAUCAAUAACGUUUACGAUGUUCAUUCAAUGCGUACUGUAACAUUCAAAGAAUAAAUACAUUUCAAGAAAACAA